GACCGAUGUUCAUCAGUACCUUCCGAGUUGACAGUUGAUAUCGGGACUUUGGACCAUAUCUUUGUGUCUAUACCCACAAACCCCCCACCUAUAUCCCCAAUGGCUUUGAGCACCUGUGAUCACAUAACAUAAAAAGAAGGUUACUACUCUCCCCACACCACCUUCUCCAACCUUGACACUCCUGCUACCUAGCUUCACCAAUCUAGCAGAAUCUGUAUUCCUUCCAUCAUUCUCUACCCCUCUCUCAACACCCUUUUUGCUUCCCCCACCAAUGGGAAUUAGAACAUGAAUGGCUCUCUGCCAAGCUCCUUUUCUGUGACAUAUAUGGACUGCUCAAUGGGUGUAAGCCCAUCACUGAACUGGGCCUGUACCUUACUUGUCAACACACAAGCUCCUGUCCAUCAGAAAGGUUUCUCCAGCCCACUUUACCUCCAUGUUGCUGGUUGGCCAUGCUUUUUGAGCUACAGUUCCGUUAAACCUUUUCUUUCCCCGAGCUUUUUCUUUCUGUGCUGCAAAUCUUCUGUAUGCAAUGACUGCCUACGCCCACCCUUAUGGCAUAGUUGGAUCAAUUGUGUGAAGUCUGCUGCGAUAUGACCUCUCAUGGAGGCAUAGA